AUGAGUCUUGCUGAAAUUUCAGCCCCAAAAGGGGCUGUCUACCUUUCUCAUCAUUGCGUACUGAAGGAAACCAGCUCGACUACAAAAUGUCACGUCGUAUUUGAUGCUUCGUCCAAAACGGCUAGCGGCAAAUCAUUAAACGACGUGCUAAUGACUGGACCAGUUUUACAAGAUUCGCUUGUUAACAUUUUGCUACGUUUUCGCACCCCGGUCAUCGCCCUCACAGAAGAUGUUCGACAAAUGUAUCGUAUUGUGGAAGUGGCUGCAACAGAUUGCAACUAUCAGCGUAUACUAUGGUGGUUGAACGACGUCGGCGAGUACACUCUAAACACCGUUACAUAUGGCACCAAAUCUGCGUCCGACUUAGCUACAAAAUGUGUCCAGCAAUUGUUAAGUAAUAUUACUGAAAGUGAUCCUGAUACAUUCGAGAAGGCAUCAAUGGGAAUUUACGUCGAUGUUAUUUUGACCGGCGCGGAUUCCCCAAAGGAGGCACGGCAAUUGCGACAACAAUUAUCCGAAUUUUUUUCAACGGGAGUUUUUCACCUCCGCAAAUGGGCACCGAACCACUCAUCCGCUUUGGAAGGUGUACCAGAAGCUGACCUCGAAGUGAAAAUCCCCAUCGAACUCCACGGCAGCGACACAAUCAAGGCCCUCGGAAUCCACUUGCAGCCGUGUAGCGACGAGUUCACGUUUUAG